AUGAAGGCAAUUUUCAAGAGAAAAGAUUCGAAACCACCAUCGGAUGAAUCCAGCCUUGACAAAGCCCUUUUGCGCCCUGCAGUGACAGUCGAGCGCAUCUCUAACUACUCGCACAAGUCGCCAAAGCUGAUAAGUUCGAAAUCAUCCUCGCCGUCAUUAGGAGGCACCAUGCCAGAAAUCGCGAUGCCUGAGCCCCCCGAUCCAGUUUCGAAACCAGCAGCGUACCUUCGGAGCAUUUAUGCUGUUCGGGAAAGGACAAGGCUGGUUCUCGAGGAGGCCAAAGUCAAUGCUCUCAACCACUUUGAUGUAGACUUGUCCAAGUUCAAGGACACGGCCGAUUAUGUGGUCGCCAUCAUCAAGCGUGAUUUCCAGGGCGACUAUGCUUCUAUUCCGCCUCAUGGUCGGUGGCAACAUUUUGAAGUCGGCGGAAGACCCAGGGUGACCCAAUUGUUGCAGUCAUGGCCUACAUCGAUUGACAACCAGGAGAGAGCACGUCGACUGAUUGAUUUGUUUCUGGUCUCUGUCCUUCUUGAUGCUGGUGCUGGCACAAAGUGGUCUUACAAGUCUAAGGAGUCUGGUAAGGUUUAUUCCAGGAGUGAAGGGUUGGCAGUGGCGAGUCUGGAAAUGUUCAAAGCUGGAACGUUCAGCAGCGAUCCCACUCAACCUCAUCAAGUUGACGCCGCUGGUCUGAACAAAAUGAACGUGGAGACUCUGGCCAAAGGGAUGCAAGUCUCGGACACCAAUCCGAUGUCUGGACUUGAAGGCCGAGCUGGAUUACUGAUUCGACUCGCCUCUGCUCUGCAGAAUGCCGAAAUUUUUGGUGUUGACGGUCGACCUGGGAACAUGAUUGACUAUCUGUUAUCACAUCCCACCACUCAAGCCGCUUCGGUCCCCGUCAUCCUUUUACCGACUCUAUGGAGCGUUCUCAUGGAUGGCCUAUCGAGUAUUUGGCCAGCUACUCGAACCACCAUUCAAGGAGUUUCUCUCGGAGACGCCUGGCCCUGUCAAGCCAUGCCUAGGUCUCCCCCUGCUCAACCCUGGGAGACAAUUGUUCCCUUCCACAAGCUCACGCAGUGGCUUUGCUAUUCUUUGAUGGUUCCGAUGACUAAGCUGCUCAACGUCCAUUUUGCAGGGGCAGAAUUGAUGACCGGUCUUCCCGAGUAUCGCAACGGAGGCUUGUUGGUCGACACGGGCCUGCUUACUCUGAAAGAAGAGGACAGGCAGCGCGGGUUGAAGAUCUACCAUGAGAUAGUGGGAGACGGCAAUGCCAUUGAAGUGGUUCCAACCUUCCCACCUAGCGACGAUGUGAUUGUGGAGUGGCGCGCUGUCACUGUUGGCUUUUUAGACGAUCUCCUUGUUGCGGUCAAUGCGGGCCUCGGUCUGCAGGGCGUAGAGCAGUUGACGUUGGCACAGAUGCUCGAGGCAGGAACUUGGAAGGGAGGGCGUGAAAUUGCACAGGUAUCCCGUCCGAUCACUGGAGGACCUCCCAUUGGUAUCAUUUCAGAUGGCACAGUCUUCUAA